AUGCAGAUGAGGUGUAUUUCAGCUGACCAUCGAAAUUAAUCAAUAAUAGGGGUUUGUAUAGAUAUUACAUGCCCAAAUUUAAGACCCUAUUGUACUUAUUGUUUGCCUCUCCAUGCCAAACAUCUUCAUAUGUUAGCCCCUUUGGAUGUGAUAAAUGAAUGGGUAUAGGAACGAAUCCUUUAGGUUCAUAAUGUAUAAAAUAAUAUACAAGAGUUCAAAGGUUCCCUUGAAAGUCUUCUAAAAUAGUUCUCAACUUAUCAUAACUUUACUAUUGAUUAAAUUCCUAAUUUAGGAAUAUCAUAGUUUGAUAAUUUAGUAAGAGGUUUAGGUUCAGUAGAAGAAUGCGAAAAAAUAUUAUUUAGACAACUUGAUCAAUCAAUUCAAUAAGUAAAAUAGAUUGUUAUCCAAAUUUAAAAUAAAUUCAAGAACAAAACAAAUAUAAACAAAAUUGAAAAUACAUAAAUUCUGCACAACAAAAACGAUUAAUUUAUUUUAGAACAAACAAAAAAUAUUGACAAACUAAAACCAAAUUUAAGCCCUAUCGCAUAUAAGCUCAUGAAUAAAAAUUCUAUUAAAUAACUGGAAGUGUGUAUUGCAGUGGCUGUUAAUAAAGACUGCUCAAUUGUAGCUGUUGGAUGUCAAAAAUUAAUAAAAUUAUAUGAAUUCAAAUAAGGAAUGUUGGAAUGGAUACAACUCUUAAAUCUACAUCAAGAGGAAGUGAACACUUUAUACUUCAUGAAAAAAUCCAAUUAGCUUAUAUCUGGAGAUCAUAGUGGAGCUAUUUUGAUUUGGUCAAGUGACAAUAAUAAUUAAUGGAUUUAAUCAUAAACACUUAAACAACACAAUGGUCGUAUAAAUUGUUUAAUUAUGAAUAAUAAUGAAGAUACUAUUAUAUCAAGUAGUAAUGAUUAGACAAUUAAAUUUUGGAUGAAACAAAGUGAAUGGAUCUGUUAAUAAACAAUAACAGAUCAUAAACAUUUUGUUCUUUAAUUAAGUUUAAAUGAAAAAUAAAAUAAAGUUAUUUCCUGUGGAUGGGAUCAAUUAAUCUUAGUAAUUGAGUAUUCAGAAUAGAAUAAAUAGUGGAUGGUAAUAUAAACUAUUCAAGUUGAUUGCUAAGGAUCUAGAUUAUGUUUUAUCAAUGAUAAUCUUUUCGCAUUUCAACCAAAGAAAAGCAAUUUGAUGUAUAUCUAUGAGAUGAACAAUGGAAGUAAAUAGUUCACUCAAACUAAAAAACUUACAGUAAAUCAAGGCGAUGAUGAUUAUGUAUUAUUCCCAUUAUAAUAUAUUAAUUCAAAAUAACUGCUUGUGAGUAAGCAUCAUAAGUAUAUCAAUUUAUUAAGAAAGACAGAUAAUGAUGAUGAAUUUAAAGUUGAAUAAUCUAUUCAAUUUAAUAGUUAAAUGUUAUUUGGUUAAAUGAGUGAUGAUGGAGAGUAUUUGAUUACUUGGGAUAAUGCAUCGAAAGAAAUAUAAAUUAGGAGAUCUAUACAACAAUGA